AUGUCUAUUUGGACUAAAAUUAAACAUUCUUUCAGUCUUUUAGAUAUCUCUGAAAUAUUUAGUGAUGUUAUUGUUUUUGGAAUAUCUUUACUUACUAUUGUAAUUACAUUGUUUUGUUCUCCAAAUCAAAUGGUAAUUCCAAAUGAAAAAAAUAAUGUAAAUGUAGAUUAUCUUUAUGUUGAAAAAGAAACAAUUCCUUUUUGGCUUUGUGCUUUAAUUUCAUAUGUCCCACCUCUUCUCUUAAUACUUCUCUUUUCACUCUUUAAAAAGUCUUCAAAGUUUUUAUUUUAUUCUUUGUUUUGUUUAAUCCUUUGUAUAUCUUCAAAUAUCGCUAUUACUAACUGUGCAAAACUCUUUGCUGGUCGUCCUCGUCCACAUUUUUAUGCUAGACUUUCUGAACAUCCAGAACAAGUUAAAUCAGUAUAUCAGAGCUUUCCUUCAGGACAUUCAUCUUCUAUAUCAAAUGGAAUGACAUUUUGUACAUUAUUUCUUGCAGGUCAAAUGAAAAUAUUUGCUUCUUCUCAAGAGUCAUGGAAAUUAUUGGUUGUGUCUCUUCCUUCUAUAGUAGCUAUUUUCAUAAUGAUAACACGAACUCGAGAUUAUUAUCACAACUUCUCAGAUAUCAUUGGUGGAGGAAUUAUAGGACUUUUUACUGCUUUCAUAUUUUAUUGUAAUAAAUUUAAUUCUUUAUCAAGUGACCAUUCAGAUGAUUUAAAAAUUACAUCAAUAUCUCAACUUGAAGAUCAAACAGAUAUAUUUGAUGUAUAA